AGAACUCGUAGUGCAGAACGUGGAUUCCGUAUAAGAGUACCACCGCGGCUUUCACUGCACGUUGUGGUGAAAUAGUCCUCGCACAGAGUGAACUAAGAAGUCGAAAGUGGUUUAGUGCAUUACGUGCUUGGAUUUAUUAUAACUUUUCUUCAAUUACCGAUAAUUGUAAAGCAAAAUGACUCUUGUUCAACCAAGCCCUGAACUUCAAAUCCAUAUCAGACAUGAACUCAAUGAGGAUGUUAACACACGAGAAUCAGAUUUAGAGCAUAUCAAAGAAUGGUUAAGGAAGCAACCGCAUUUACCAGAUACCUGGGAUGAGAACCGUUUAAUGACUUUUUUGAGAGGUUGCAAGUUUUCAUUGGAAAAAUGCAAAAGUAAAUUAGAUAUGUAUUUCACAAUGAGAACCGCCUGCCCAGAAUUAUUUUCAAACAGGGACAUAACGAACCCAGAACUGAAGCUCAUACGUGAAUUGGGGCACAUUCCUCCUCUACCAGGUUUGACUGCAAACGGUCGCCGAGUAGUAGUCCUUAGAUCCAAAAAGGUAGACGUCGAUACUUACGAUAUAGCUGAUAUUAUGAAGGUUGUUCUUAUGAUCGGUGACGUAAGAUUAGCUGCCGAAGAAGUGGGUGUAGCUGGAGAUGUUUAUAUAUUAGACGCCACAGUAGCCACAGCCGCUCAUUUUUCCAGAAUUAAUCCAGCGAUGAUACGUAAAUUUUUGGUUAUUGUUCAAGAAGCAUACCCAGUGAAGCUAAAAGAAGUCCAUGUAGUUAACGUUUCACCGUUGGUAGAUAAAAUUAUAACUUGGGUAAAACCUUUCUUAAAGGAGAAGAUUCGGGAACGAAUCCACGUCCAUUCCAACUUCGAAUCUCUACAUAAAUUUAUACCAAAAGAUGUACUUCCCGAAGAGUUUGAUGGAACUGCUGGUCCACUACAAGUAUUCCAUGAUCAAUGGAUGGAAAAACUAAAGGAAUACACACCUUGGUUCAAAGAACAAGAAAACAUCAAAGCCGACGAAUCAAAGCGACCAGGCAAACCUACCAACUAUGAUGAUCUCUUUGGAGUAGAUGGCAGCUUUAAGCAAUUAACUAUUGACUAACUCCAAUCAAUAUAACUUGCUGCAAAGUUUUAAUAAGUAUAGGAAAUGUUAUUGGUUAUUGUAAUUAUCUUUUUAUCUGGGUCGUUGGAUAAGCUUAUUCCAAAUAUUAAAAUUUCAAAGCUGUAGGAAAGAGUUCAAAACAAAUAGAUUUAAUAGACUACAGUGUAGGUAAAGAUAAUGACAAGCAAUGUUGAAUAUUAAAUCUUAAAGUAACUAAAAUAACAGCCCAAUAAUGAUAGUCAGAUGAUAGACCUUAUAAUCAAAACGUUUAUUAAAUAGUAGUUUCUUUUCUAUAAUUUACAAGUAAAUGACCCAAUAUAAUUAAAAUAAGAAAAAAGAGUAUAAUUGUGUCUUGUCUGUAUAAAAUAUCAAAGAUAUGAGUAAUAGAAGUAUAUAAAAAUUCAAGUUAUAUCAUCGGACUAAAGUGAAAGCAUUGCUAAAGAAAAAAUUGUUAUCAUUGCACUAAAUUGUGUUUCACCUUGAUAUUCUUGACUAUAUCCUGUUUUUAAACUAGGAGGAGUAAACUCAAAAAACAGAUUUAUACCCAGUAAAAAAUAUAAGGUGAUGGUUCCAAAAAUGAUGAGCGAAUCAAAUAAUCAAUAAAAAAUUGGGGCUAAUGAAUCUAGGUAGAUCUAGCCCUACUCCUUUGCGUACUUGGUGUAUUUUAUUAUAAAAUAACUAUCAGCGCAAGUCAGAAUAAAGAAAUAUAUGGAUAUAAUAUACCUAGUAUGUUUCUUUAUUUCUUGCUUAAGAAAACCUAAUGCACUUAAAUAUUUUUGUUAGCACUAUCAGUAUUACUUUAAAAGUACUAAUUAAUUGAUGGUGACAUAUUGUUUUUAUCUACUUCUACCUAACUUUUUUUAGCUGAUUUAGUUAAUAAUUUUUUAAUUGAUAAAUACAUAAUAUCGAAAUCCUAAAGAACGAAUGUUAUUAAACAAAGAUGAAACAUUUCUGGUCAAGUUUACAAUAUCCACAUAAUAUUUGAAAUAUUCAUUAUAAAACCCAAAGAAUAUAAAAUGCCUAGAUAACUUCUUAUAAUAUAAACCAAAAUUGUUAUAAAAUAAAAAGUGUAUUGAAUAAUUAUAUUAUAAGUAUUACACUAUUUUUGUAUUCAUCGGAUUAGUUCUUUUGUAUAAAAUAAAAAUAAAGUAAUAUCUAGAA